CUCACUGAGACACAAUUUCACAUUGAUUAUAUUCGAUUAUAUUUGAACGUUUGGAGAUGAUAACAUCUCUACCUUCAACAUCUACAUCAGCUAGAUCUACAUCUAAUGUCUCGAAUUCCGAUAUUCCUGUGCCAAAACCACGACGUCUUCUAGUCACAUCAAAAACUCCGGUACCAUCUCCUCGAAAAUCGCUUUUCAAAUCAAAAAGUGACGAGCGAGAGUAUAACGAGGAAGUUGAAGUUCGUCUUCGAAAACAUGUUGGCCUAAUUCGUCGUGACACAUAUAAACCUAUAAUGAUGGAACGGGAAAAGCUGCAACGGAUUCUAGAAGACGCUGUUGAGCCAGAUUCUAAACUUCCAAAGAUUCGCCCAGCAACUUUUCCGUCGGGUUCUUCUUCGUGUAAUUCGAAUUAUUUGGAACCAAUUAUAGACAUUAGUCUAUACGAUAAUGUUGAAGAAAUCGGGACAUCCUGCUCUUCUGCCUCAGAUUCAAUGUCGGCGAGAGCCAUAGCAGCAGCUAGAUCUCGUGGAGGCGGCGCUGCUCCGAGUAGUAAUGGCAACGAACGACCAUUAUCCGCUUAUGAAGAAUCUGAUGAAGCGGUACGACAACGAAAGAAUCGUAGAGCAAGUGUUGCAGUAAUGCCAAUGAUGGAAUUAGAAUAUAGAGAUCAAGUUGUGGCGGGAAGUAUUAAAUCAGCCACUAUGAAUCGACGAAAAAGCGAUGGAAAUCCUGCUGGGAGAGCGUUCAGUCCCGACUUUGGAGCAAUUCGAGUACAAGUUGAGGAUAUCACAUCGGUUCCCGGUUCAAUGAUGACGGAGGACGAUGAUGAUGUUGACGAUGAGAAGCAUGGAUUGAAUGGAGGACGAUCUUUCGACAACGGUGGCGAAACCUCGACCGAGACGAUCACAGACGUCGCGCUGAACGGCUCGCUUCUAAUGGCGAGUGGAAGAGUUUCAGAAUGGGCGGUUCCAAUCGAGUAUGCGAGCAGUCCAAUUGCACAAGAAUUGUCACAGAGUGAGGUGGAAGAGAGACCUCGACCGCCGAUCCCGGCAAUGUACAUCAACACUUCUUCUUCGACUACAACAGCACCGACGGCAGAUCGUGGUGAGGAGAGUGUUUACUCGGAUUUCGUGCUCAAAAGGAAUUCGUCGACGUCGUCAAUGUCUGGGAAGAGUGUCACUUUGUUGGAACAAAUUAUACGAACACACGCAGUUUGGUAUCUUCCACACAUGGGUCGACCAGAAGUUCUCCAUCUCCUUCGCCGAAUGGAACCGGGAAACUUCAUUGUCAGAGCAUCGACACGCGAGAAUUGCAUGGCUCUUUCAGUUCGGCUGGCUCCGGGAGCUCACGUCGAAAUUGAUCAUUAUAUAAUCGAGAAGCUCGUCGUUCCACUGAAACCGACAACAUCAAAAGAACCUGCAGCUCCUACAACUGCUAAAGCGGUCAGGCUAGAAGGAAGCCCUCUCACAUUUCGAUCACUUCCUCUUCUCAUUGAACAUUAUUGUGUUAACGAAGACGAACUAGAGCACCGUCUCCAACUUCCAUCGGCAAUCCGUGCAUGUACAACGACAAAGCAACUUUUGAGCAUUGCAAUGAUGGAGCAGGAAUUCUGGUCGUGUGAAAUGUCAUUGUCCAGAAAAGCGGCGCCAUCGACUUCCUCAUCGCGCAAUUCAAUUUCUUCUUCACUUCGAAGCAGUAGUAACAACAAUAAUAAUAGUAGUAACACGAUGCCAAGAUGCCAUGGAACUGCUGAAUCCGAUGCUUCAACAUGGUUCAUGGAUCGCCCGAAAGUAGUCGUUGACGACGAAUCAAUUUACGAUGAAGUGGAACCACGGAUGAUGGGAAGCAAGACCGGAGUUGGUGGAGGUGGCUAUUACGCGGUUCAUGACACAAAAUCAUCAUCGAAUACCCUGAAUAACAAUAUACCGAGACGAAGUAGUGCAAUGUUACUCUCACCGGAAAUGGCAAUGAAUUCUGAACAACAGAAAAAUUCCAAGAAACGGCGUUCUUCAUCAAGAUCGUCUUCGAAUUCCCGAUUCGCUACUGUAUGUGUGGGUGGAUUUGAUGGAUGGAACGGUGGAACAUCUUCAUCGAAACAAGUCGAUACAGAUGAGACUGACAGUGGAUUGAGCACACAUUCACCACCAAGUAAACACGAUCGGCUUGAUGAUGUUCACAUCUCGAGAAGCGAUCGUCGUUCGCAAUCAGUGAGAUCUCAUAAAAGUGUAACCGCAUCACCAAAGCUUGGACAUUCGACGAGCAGUACAUUGUCACGGCCUCGAUCAUUUCUACGAUCACUCCUUUCGUUUGGAUCUUCGAAUAAGGAACACAAGCGGAAGGAGAGUUUGGAUAUUGACUCAACACCCCGCCUUGCAAGCUGUGAAUACUUUACUCCAUGGGAUACAAACGGAACGAACAUGCAAGUUAGAACUUCACGUUCUGCAUUCGACAUCACCAAUCCACCGGCUCGUGGCUUCUUUGGCUCUGGAAGUCCAAAGAAAAGAAAUGGAAUAAUGCCAUCAACGAGUUCCGUUUAUCAAAAGAAUGCUUCAUCAUCAUCAUCGAACAUGUUUGACGACGACAAUUAUACGCGUGGCUGGAAGGAAGCUGCGUAUGCUGAGACAUCUCCUCAUCACAAUAAUAAUAAUCAUUUAACGGAUGCGGCAAUGCGAACAUUCAAACCACCGAAUUAUGAUGAUGUCGCCGGAUCCUCAGCCACCUCAUCUCCAUCCAGUCGAUCACGUCCAUUGGCAAUGCGUCGAGAACGGAGUGAUAUUGGUGUGAUAAGUAAUGGAAUGAAUCUUGGAGUUAAAAGUAAUGCUCAACGAUUGGCUUAUCACAAUGAGAGUAGUCCUGGACCGGCUCACGCGAUUGGCCGUGUUCCAAUGACACCACCGGCGAACGCUGGCGAUCCUCAAGUGCAGCAGAAUUGUGUGGAAGAGUUGCGUCGAAAACGAUUACAAUCCACCAAUGAAAUGCUCUCACCAAAAGAGCUGCCCUCGUCAAAACAUCCCCACGGAGAAGUUCAUAGUGCUCACGCGAGCCCUCAAAUUGCAAUGAGACGACGAAAUGGAUUUCCAUCACCGUCUGCAAGUCAUAAUGGAUUCAAUCGGAAUAAUGCAUUUGCCGCUAUCGAUCGAAAUCGUGGUUCAGAUCACCGGCUAUCAGUACCUAAUCUUAUCGCUGCCACUGAUCCUCUUGUACCUGGAAGUGUUGGACAAUCAGCGAAAGCAUUGAGAGAAAGGCUCGGUGGAAGGACGACGGAUGGUGAUUUGAUGGUAAUCAAUGAAGGACUUGUGACUCCAGUUGUUCGACGGAAAACAUUUGCACCCGCAACGACGACUACAAAAACUACAGCAACAGCGGCAACUUCGAUGGAUGAGCUGGGUGGAGAAGUGAUGAGAAGACGGGAAGCACUGGAAGCGGCUAUGAAUGAAAAACGACGACAUCCGUCUGAUUCGUUGUCGAGUGGAUCUUCCGAUCAUUCUUCAUUGGGGCGUAGAAAAACAUCAACAUCAUCUCAAGCUCAUCAAUUAGGAACGACUGAAAGUGAGCUUGUUUGGCGAAGAGCCAAAAACAACAACCCUCCAUCUUCUACUGUUGCUCCGUCAACAUCAUCGAAAUCAGGUGGAGGUACUUCUCAUUGGUCGGCUAUUAAUCACGAAAUUAAAAAUCGGCAGCAGAAGAUUGCAAAGGUUCUACCAACUCCACAACCACGUGGACAUCAUCAUAAUCGAACAAUGUCAAUUGUUGGUGGACCUCCUUCGGUUAUUUCUGAAUGUCGGCGUUCCAGUGAUUAUGCACAGCUUUGUGAUUUUGCAAGUUCUACUGAUAAGAAUGGAAUACAUCUUGAUGUGCAUUCUAAAAUCGAAGACGAUGCUGUCAGUGUCGCCGGUACCGUAUUCAACGAGCCAUGGGAUUCAAAUGUCUGGGAGAACUUGUUAGAUCUGGCACACCAUGGAGAUGAAUCUACGAUGGGAUUGAAAGUCAGUGAACCAAUUCAAGAGGAAGAUUCUGAUUCGGAUAGAACUGCUGGCGGAGACUCAACAUGUCAAAUGGAUUCGGAUGAAGACGAUGAUGAUGAUGAUGAGGAUGAGAUGAUUAGAUGGCAAACUGAGAAAAUGAUGAGAAGGCCUCUACCAAGUGAUCGAGUUACUGUGAAAGCUUGGGAACAAGAUUCAGAUGCUGGAAGCUCGAAAUUCAAUACAUUGGAAAGUCGAUCAAAGAAUGGUUCAAUUGCUGGAAGUACACUUCGAAGACAGCCUGAAGGAUCCUUUUCGAUUCGAAGUCUGCCACGUGCUCUUUCAAGAUUCUCUCACACUCUUGGAAUGAAUGGAAUGAGUGCUGCUGCAUCAUUCGGAUCUAUUGAUGAUCUUCCAACUACACUCCCGUCAAUGUCACCACUGCUCAGUGGACGUGUCUCUCGUGCUCAACUUCCGCGAAGCUCGAGCACUGAUGAGAAGAUCGGGAGAGCUGUUCAGAAUUAUGUUGAAGAAUUGGCUCAAGUGAAAGAAGGAGAUAAUGCGUGUUUUGGAUUGACACUUCGACAAUUCGUUGCUUGUACAAAAGACACAAAAGAGACUGAUCCGGCAGUUGUGAUACGAAAUGUUCGUCAAUUUAUCAAUGGAAUGAAGAAUUAUUUGGUGAAACAUGGAGAAGGUGACUUGCAUCACAUAAUCGAUGAAGAGAGUUCUCGAUUGAAUAGUAAUCAAAUUUUGAACAUUGACGCUGUACUUGAAGCAGUUCUUCAUAAACUUUUGCUCCGAGAAGUCAAACCACUUUUAUAUCAUGUUAUGAUUAAAGAACACUCGAAAGCUGGAGCUCUUCAGUUAAUAUCUCAAAAUCAAGGUGUGGUUCGGAAAAUGAAUUUAACUGAAUUAGGAUUCUCGAAUCCGGAAUCUCUUGUGACUCCAUCAUCUUCAAUUAUGGAACAAGUGAAGCUUUUGAUGCGAAAAAUGCAAAAUCAUUAUUCGCCAAUGAAGAAGCUGGAGAAUCUGAUGAAAGCUGUUGGUCUUGUGCUCGGAUGUCAAGUUAACAAUGGAAAUGAGAAUGAGAAUCCGACGGAUCCGAUGAGCUGUGGGUAUCGAGGACUGCCGCCUGGAGACGAUCUUGUCCGCUGGUUUGUCUACAUUCUCUCACGUACAUCUACCGUUGGAUGUGAAGUUGAAGCAUGGUAUAUGUGGGAACUUCUACCCCAACCAAUCGUUACUCAAAGUGAUGCAUCAUACUAUCUUACAUCUCUCUGGUCAGCUGUACACGUUCUUAAAAGUACUGAAUCUAUUCGUCGAUUGUGUGAGAAUGAUCAACGUGUCAUUGUUUCUCAUGAUUCAUCCCGUCAUCUCUGUUCUUCACCACUUCUCUCCACUGCUACAUUGACACGUGGAACAUCGGCUGGCAUUCCGCAAGUGAUUUCGGCGGCCACGUGUGACGCAUUUGUGAAGAUUGCCGUACCGGACGAGGCUGUUGGAUGUGUGAGAUAUGCUACAUUCCCAGGAGUUCCAAUGUUGACUACGUCGAAAUUGAGCCGUCUCGUCGCGCAUCAGCAAGGAAUCACUAAUCCGGAAGAACAUGGAUUAUAUCUGAUCGCUGAAGGCUUCGAAUCUUGUCUAUCUCCAUCCGAAUGCCCAGUUCUUGUCCACGAACAACUGAAAAAGGACAAAAAGCCACACAUGUUCGCCUACAAACGCCACGAAGCAAAAAUCGCGUGGCCAAGAGCAGCGAUUUGCUGAGCUCUUCCAAUUUUAGUCUCAUCUAGUCUAGCUUCUUUGUAUCCCUGUUUCAUAUAAACUGAGCCGUUCCAUUUCUUUCCUCUUUCCCAAUCCAGAAAAAAAGCUUUACAUCCCAGUCCCUUUAUCUGUGCUAAACCAAGACAUUCAAACUGUUUCUACUCCCCUUUCCACUCAAAUUCAUCUUCCUCAUUGUUUCAAAAAUAUGGGUAUUCUUCUCAUUCGUCUUCUAAAAAUAGUUUUAAAAUGUUUUAUUCGCCUUUUCACCCGUUCAUUUUUGUUCUGUUUUAUUGAUUUCUCUCACUUUUCCCCCUUUUUAAUCUUGUUCAAUUAGCUCGCAUUUCUUCUAUCCACCAGUGAUUAUUCCCCAUUUUUUCACUGAAUAUUUGUAUAUUUUGAACGCAAUUCUUUUGCAUUUUUAUUGAAGAAUUAUCACGAUUUUUUUCUGAAUAGAAUCUACAAUCGAAAAAGAAAAACAGUUUUAUUUCAAAAA